AUGAAACAAUUAGACCAUCCAAAUAUUGUAAAACUUUAUCAAGUUAUUGAAAACGAAACAACACUUUAUUUGGUAAUGGAAUAUGCUAGUGGUGGUGAAUUAUUUGAUUAUUUGGUAGCUCAUGGAAGAAUGAAAGAAAAAGAAGCUAGAGCAAAAUUUAGACAAAUUGUAUCAGCUGUUCAAUAUUUACAUUCUAAAAAUGUGAUACAUAGAGAUUUGAAGGCGGAAAAUUUAUUGUUGGAUUCUGCUAUGAAUAUCAAAAUUGCCGAUUUUGGAUUUAGCAAUACUUUUUCUCCAGGAAAUAAAUUGGACACAUUUUGCGGGUCACCACCUUAUGCUGCACCAGAACUCUUUCAAGGAAAAAAAUAUGAUGGUCCAGAGGUUGAUGUAUGGAGUUUGGGAGUAAUUCUUUAUACUCUCGUCUCUGGUAGCCUUCCUUUUGACGGGCAGAAUCUCAAGGAAUUGAGAGAACGGGUUCUUCGUGGCAAAUAUCGUGUUCCUUUCUAUUUAUCAACAGAUUGCGAAAAUCUUGUCAAAAAAUUCCUCGUUUUAAACCCUGCAAGACGUGGAACAUUAGAAACAAUAAUGCGUGAUAAAUGGAUGAAUAUGGGUUAUGAAGAAGAAGAAUUGAGACCAUAUACAGAACCAACAAAAGAUGUUAGGGAUGAAAGAAGAAUAUUAAAAUUACAAGUUUUUGGAUAUACUUUACAAGCAAUCCAUGAAUCUUUGGAAUGUGAAAAAUUUGAUGAAAUUUAUGGGACAUACUUGCUAUUAAAAGAAGCUAAAAAACAACAAUUGCAACAACAGCAGCAGUCUGCACAACAACAACAACAGCAACAACAAGUUCAAGGAGUUCAGCAUCAUCAAGAAGGAAGCAUUUCUUCUGCGGCUGGUGGAGGUGGUGGUGGAAAUGUUGUUACUGCGUCUGCGGCAGAUAAUCUUCCUUUUAAUCAAUCAAUGGGGUCGACUGGUCAGUAUCCUCAACGUCCCUACACUUCUGUCCAAACUUCAGCUUCUAAAAAUACAAGGCGUGCAUCUUCUAAUGCUGAUCAACUUCAAGCUGUUCCACCAAUUGCUGUUGUAGAACCUAAUAAUGCUGUGACAACAACAACUCCUUCAAAUACGAAUAUAAUGCCUCCUCCACCCUCUACUCAGCCCCCUCAAGCUGCAAAUUUAUCAGUAGCAGCUAUGAGAGCACAACAAAAUGCUGUACAACAACAACAGCAGCAACAAGUUGCCUUUCGUAAUGCUGCUUUUGGAGGUGUAACGAGUGGUCGGCAGCCUGCUUUAAGUGUUCAACCAUUAGCUUCUCCAGCCUAUAUUCAUCCAAUCCAAAAUGCAAAUGUUCGUAAUUUACCAGCAGGUGCUGGUACAGUUGUUGCUUCAGGAAAUCAUCGAAAAGGUUCAGCUCCAGGUGGACGUGUACCUCUUCCAAAUUUGGGAUUGCGUACGGGUAUUCAACAACAACAACAACAAAUUGUACCAGCAAACAAUUCUGUUGCUGCUGCUGCUCAUCAACAAAAUCGCAAAAACAUUUCUAAUGGUUCAAAUAAUUCAUCCUCUAUAACAAGAGCUCCACCAGGUUUUUAUAAUGCAUCAGCAAGUAAUCCUUUAUCAGCAAAAUUGGUUGCAAAAGCAACAACUGGAGGAGGUUAUGUUGUUCCUGGUUGUGGAGGUGGAGGAGGAAUUGUUUCUUCUGCUAUGCAGAAGAGCGUUUCUCAUGCACCGCGGGAACCUUCUAUUAAAGAGGAUGAAGAUGAACGGUCAUCUUCAAGUCGUAAAACGCCUCCAGUGCAUGGAACUAAACAACCUAUAAUUGCACCUACUGCAACAAUUUCAACAACUGUUCCUCCACCACCAAUAGUAAUACCUCCACUUAUUCGAAGUGGUGGACGUUUAUCUUUUGAUGAUGGUGCCUCUGCUACAGAUAAAUGCAUUAAUGAUACAGAAUUUAUGUUAACUUCUCCAAGACCAAUGACUGAACGUGGUGGUGGUGGUCAACAACAACAACAACAACAAUCAAAUCAAUCAUCAACUGUUGCUGCUGGAAUGGCUUCUGAUUUCGCGUGCCUUGGUCUACAUCAGAGUCCAUCAAUGCCUCCAAUUAUGAUGAAAACUUUGUUGAGCGCAGCAGCAGCAGAAUUGGGAGGAACAACAAUAGGAGGGGGAGGAGAAACAAAUGAAUAUUCCUCUAAAAUGACAAAAUCUGCUACAGGAACUCAUAUUUCUCCAAUGAACACUCAACUUCAUCACGGAGUUCAACAACCUUUCAAUCAACAACAGCAACAACAACAAAUGGAAAAUUCACAAACAAUGUUUGGCCUUCUCCAACAAAACACUACAAACUCUAGCAACACUAGCAACAACAGUAGUAAUAGUAAUUUUCCGCGUGGUUCGCGCAACAGACAAACAUUUCAUGGCAAAACUGAAUACAACAAGGGUAGUUGUAUUGGUUCUGGUGCCUUUACUGAAGACGAUGCGUCUGCAAUAGGAGCAAAUGAGUCCGAGAUUGAAGAAGCUAAUGCAUUAACAAUUGGUCCUAUUCCUUCAUCAAGCGGUGGGGGAACAAUGCCUACUAGUCAGUAUCAUCAGCAUCAACAACAACGCGGUUCCUUUCUUUCCAAAUUGACAAAAUUAACAAAAAGGGGGACUGGACCAACAGAUCAUCAGUCAUCGAUAUAUGCACAACCACCACCACAGAUUCAUCAUCAACAAACUUCUCCAGUAAUACAAGCAACACAUCAACAACAACAACAACACCCUCAACCACCUUUAAAUACUACAAAUAAUAAACAUAAUCAACAUGCUGUUGGGAGAGCUGGAACAAUAGGUCCAUCCACGGGCGCAGCUUUAGCCGCCCAACAUCAACAAUUUUUGCAACACCAACAGCAACAACAAGCUGCUUUUUCUGCUCCGAAUACCCCUAAUCAGGCCCAACAGCAACAACAACAAUGCCUCCAAAAAUUAUUUGAAACUGACGGACAAAAUAGUCCAAGCGGUGAAGCAAUUAGUGGUGGAGGAGAAGAAGUUAAACCGCGCUCUUUGCGUUUUACUUGGUCAAUGAAAACUACAAGUUCAUUGGCACCUGAUGAAAUUAUCAAAGAAAUCCGCAAGGUUUUGGACAAUAACGGGUGUGAAUAUGAACAAAGGGAACGAUAUUUGCUUCUUUGUAUGCAUGGGGAUCCACAAAAGGACACACUUGUUCAGUGGGAAAUGGAGGUAUGCAAGUUGCCUCGUCUUAGUUUGAAUGGAGUCAGAUUUAAGCGAAUUUCUGGAACAUCCAUUGGCUUUAAAAACAUUGCUUCAAAAAUCGCGCAAGAGUUAAACCUUUAA